AUGAGUGGCGCCUUUGCGCAUGAGGAGCCGUUGCGCGCUUGGCUGGAAGGAUUGGCCGCUGAGCCCGCGCUGGGGAAAUUGGAGCUCCGCAACCUUGGCCAAGAUACCUUCUGCUCACUGGUGCUGGAGCCUGGAACCAGCACACCAAGGCUCGGCCCUGCCUCCGAGCACUCGCUGAACUCGGCCGCAAGCGUUCGCCGGCCGGACAGCCGGCUGCCGUCGAUCCGGCGGGCCUUUGGACAGCGAACGAGGAAAGCCCUUCUAGUGUCUUGUCCACCAUCAACACGUGAUGGCUCUGACAUAUCGAUAGACAAAAUCGCCAAGGACGUCCAGCGCGUGCGUUUGGACCUGGCCGCAGUGAAGGCAGACAAGCAUCUGCAGCGCCAUCAAGGCCAGCAGUCGGCCGAGAAGCCUACUGGAAGGGCACGGGCGCUCCGCCCCAAGGAUGCAGGCACAGAAGAGCAUGGGCGCUACAUGGAGAGGCUGCAAGGCAUUGCUGCCAAGCUGCUGAAGGACUUCGACGCCAAUGGCGACGGCCGGCUUGAUGUCCAAGAGGCCCGGAGGCUCUUCCGCCGCCUCGCGGGCCGCGCGGCCAAGGGCGCCCAUGCGCCUGCGCCGGUUGAGCGAGGUUCCGUGACCCACCUGGGCGAGGGCGAGGGGCUGGGUGAGCCGGAGCUUGUGCAGCUCGCGCACCUUGGGGGAGGUGCUCUGGGGCACGUCUCCCAGACUCAGGGCCGAUACUGCGCCACCCACCGGCCCUUUGCGCACUCUGCGGCGGUGACGUGCCGACUGCCCGACACAGCUGAGGCGGAGGUUCCGGCCAAGCCCCCUGCCAAGCUCGUGGCCAAGCCCCCGGCAAAGUUUGGGGAGCCGCCGCCCUGGCAGAGCCGCGCCCGGGUUCUCCAGGGGGGCCUGCGCGGUCGGAAGAGCCACCGUGAGCAGUUGAGAGAGGAGCUGCGGCAUGAAGCCGGGCCGCCUGCGCCGUCCGCUUUGAACGACAAUGUGGUGCUGGCACAGGUGACCAAAGCUGUCCGAGACGGAGAUAUCUUUGCGCUAAGCACUUUAGUCAAGGCGCACAGCCUCUGGGCGGAGCCGAAUCCUACUGUCAUCUCCUGGGAGCUCCAGCAGAAGCUGGCAACCCGCUGCUAUCGAUUUCCGCUGCUCUUCAUGGCUGCCUACUCCGGGGCCCUGGCAGUUUGGCAGCUGCUCCUUCGAGAGGUCAGUGGCCAGCCAGAGGCGCUGACGGAAGACGUCGAAGGCUGGACACUACCGAUGCUCCUGUGCAUGGCCCCUCCGGCACUAUUUGGGGAGAAGGACAGCAAGAAGCUGCUGUCCUGUCUACUGGAAGUUUCUCGGAGGGAGGCCUGGGAUCGCCCCUUUCUGGCACAGUGCCUUCUCCUUCCACAAGACGAGCACUGGGAAGGCGAUGCGUCAGCGCAGCCGGUGCAUCUAUUGCUGGAGCGUGAAAACUGGCCCGACCUGGUGGCCUUCUUAGUUGAGUCUGGCGGCGGCUUUCCGCACGAUGAGGAGCAGCCUCGCAUGGCACUGGUCAGUGCAGUCUUGGCAGAGCGUGGGUUGCUCGGGGACUUCCUGGCUGCUUGCGAAAAGGGUGGAGAUGUGCCGAGACCACAGACGCAAGCCUUUGCAGGAUUGUACUUGGGCAUCCUCAAAAAAUGUGUGCCUUGGGUGCAGUGCUUGACUGCCCUCCAGGCGCUGUUGAAGGCGGGGCUCGCGCCCACUCACCCUCUGACAUCAUCUCAGGAGUCCUGGCCCUUGCAUGCCGCUGCGCGACACAACUGCCGGGCAGCAGCACAGGUCCUUCUUGUGGCUAAAGCUGAUCCCUUUGCGCGGAAUGCGCGCGGGCAGACGGCCCUGGAGGUCGCCAAGGCGAACAGGCAGCGGGGUGGUCAUUUCUUCGUGGCUAAGGGUCAUUUCUUCGUGGCUAAGGGUCAUUUCUUCGUGGCUAAGGGUCAUUUCUUCGUGGCUAAGGGUCAUGUCUUCGUGGCUAAGGGCAAUGUCCUCGCUAAGGGCAAUUUCUUGGUCGCUAAGGGCCAUUUCCUGGGCGCUAAGGGUCAUUUCUUCGUGGCUAAGGGUCAUUUCCUUCGUGGCUAA